ACUUUCUGGAAUGAUCACAUGCAUACCAAAUAGGUAUCGUAUCCGUAAACAUAAAACUAUUUAGAAGAAUACUCUGCUUCCCAUAUUUACUUUAGAUAAUGUGGUCAGUUUGGGUAAUAUAACUUGUCUGUGGAUGAUGAUUUAGUCUCAUAAUGUUACACUAUGUUAAAUAAACAAUAAUUUAAAAAAAAAGAGAAGCAUAAAUUGAAUAGACAAAUAGAUAAAUAAUAUUUCCAAGUAACCACUAUUUCAUUAAUCCAGUUUCUGUUUUUGAUUACAAUACCGUAUGAUUUUAAGUUUUAUUUUUAAAGGUCGAGCUACUGAAGGGGAGGAGUAGAUAUAAGUUAGUCGAAAUAUCUAUUUUAUCAGUGAAUUAUAGAGAACUCGUUCCGUUUCGUUUUAUCAGUAAGCAAAAAUUUACAAUUUUAACUCCCAGUGUCCGAAUCACUUCUAAAUAAAAAGUAUUUUGAUAUUCGUGGAAUUUUGUUUUUCGUCGCAUGUGGACGUGAUAUGAGUCUGAAUCCAGUCCAUUUUUAAACCACAUUCAGAAGAGAUCCUGUUGCAUACAAUCAGUUAGAUAGACUGGUUAUUGUGUCGUUAUUUAAAAAAAAAAAACUGUAUGUUAUGUUUAGUUGACAUUUAUAACAUACGGUGAUAUUAAGAGCACAUUUGAUUAGUACAGGAAAUGUACUUUAGCUGAAUUGUUGAUAAUCUUUAAGUAAUGAAUUAUAUAUACGCAUUAAACUUUUAACAUCUCAAGGAAUUAUAGUGUGUCUCCAUUUUAUCACAGUGUCACUCGUAAUCAGACGUAGAUGAAAUUUCUUUGCAAAGGAAUAAAGCAAAAUGAAGGCUAACAAAUAUGGGUUUGAAUUAGAACAGCGUGGCGAUCUACAGUCUUCGCACGGCGUCAUAGGAUCGCAAUAUGAGUUGAUCGGAGAGCAGAAAACUAAAAAGCCAAAUAAAAGACUUAGAAUAGGACUUGCAGUAGCUUUUAUAUCAAUUGUCAUUCUCAUUGUUGUGUUAGUUGUGGUAUUUGAUAAAGAUGAAUCAAAUAAAUCUGGGGGGAACUCUGCUCAAGAUCAAGGUAAACAUUCAACAUCUAGACUUACAUCAACAACAACAAAACAACAACCAACUACAGAUCAUUAUACAACAUCAAAACAUUCAACUACCAAUUAUCAUUCAACUAAGCAACCAUACCUGACAACAACUGAUCCUGGCCAAGAUUGGUUAAAGGAGCCAUGCCAACCUAAGCAGGCUACCACAUGUCCAUGGAAAUCAAAUCCUGUAUUGUUGAUUUCAUUGGAUGGUUUUCGUGCCGAAUAUCUGACGAGAAAUCUGACACCAACACUAAAGAGGCUAACAUCCUGUGGAGUACAUACACCAUACAUGAGGGCUGCUUAUCCUACAUUGACAUUCCCAAAUCACUACACUAUAGUCACAGGAUUAUAUCCUGAGUCACAUGGUAUUGUAGAUAACAAUAUGUAUGAUCCCAUAAUUAAUGAAAAGUUCUCUAUUGGUGGAUCGUCAAAAGAGAAUCCAGCAUGGUGGGGUGGGGAACCAAUUUGGUCAACUGCCAAAAAACAAGGAAAGAAAACAGCAACCUAUUUUUGGGUUGGAUCUGAAGUCAACAUAUCUGGUAUAAUGCCUGAUAUAUAUUAUCCUUAUGAUGGAUCUGUGACAUUUGAAGAACGUGUGGACAAAGCAUUAGAAUGGUUGAGUUGGCCAGACAAUAAAAGACCUGAUUUGAUUACCCUGUACUUUGAUGAGCCUGAUCAUACUGGACAUGGUAAUGGUCCUGUUAGUCCUGAGGUAGAUGCCAUGUUGAGUAGAGUAGAUGGAAUUAUAAACAGACUGAUGAAUGGAUUAUACAGACGUCAGAUACACAACUGUGUUAAUUUGAUGGUACUGGCUGACCAUGGAAUGGAAUCUACCUCCUGUGACAGAAGAGUAUAUCUCAAUCAGUAUAUGAAUACUUCCCACUAUCUUAUCUUUGAUGGAACAAUAGGACAGUUACAUACAAAGUUUCAUGAAGAAAAAGUUGGAAGUGGUUAUGUUGUCAAGAACACUCCUAAUCCUUUACCAUUAGAAGAAGUUAAGAAAUUACUCCAGUGUAAAAGUGGACACAUUCAAAUGUUUGAUAAAACAACCAUGCCUGUCAGACAUCAUUAUACAAACAAUCAGAGACUUGGUGAUGUUAUACUAGACAUGCAGAACAGAUGGACUGUUGCUAGAAACAGUAGAAGCUAUUGUUUAAAAGGAAAUCAUGGUUUUGACAAUUUGUACAAAAGUAUGCAGGCUUUAUUCGUGGCCCAUGGUCCAGAUUUUAGACAAGGAAUAGAAAGUGAUCCUUUUGAAAAUAUUGAACUUUAUAACCUCAUGUGUGAAUUGUUGAAAAUUUCUCCAGCACCAAAUAACGGAACAAUGGGAUCAUUGAAUCACUUGUUACGUAGACCUCCAGCAAUAACAACAACAAAUAGAACUAUGUCACCAGUGUGUAGUCACAACAAAGAAGACAGUAUACCUGAUCGGAACUGCUACUGUAAUAAUAAGGUGAAGUCUUUUACUAGUAAUACUGUUUAUAGCAGCCCCUUUGGUAAACCUGAGAUGAGUGUAGCUGAAGAUGUGUGUAUAUUGAGCACUAAUGAUACAGCUAGUGGUUACAGUAAAACACAUAAGAUGCCUGUGUGGACUUCAUUUAUACUCUAUCCAAAUAAGACUGUAGAAAAUAUGACUGGUAGAUGUGUGAAUAUUGAUCCUAGGGUAGAGUUACUCCCCUGCAGUAGUUAUAGGAAUAAUAAUAUGUCAAUAUCACACCAUUUUAUUGUCAAUUCAGGUUUUUCAGUUAAAAACUCAGACCUUGAGAAAACUCUUAGUUCCAGCCUUGUACCAAUGUAUGAUGGAUUUAAAGAUGGUAUAUGGGAGUACACAAUGAAGUUGGUACUAGACUAUGGUAAUCAAAGAUCUGGUAUGGAAGUGAUCAUUGGUUCAGCUUUUGACCAUAACAGAGAUGGAUUAUGGGAAGAUGUUUCAAAUGAGACAAAGUAUGUUGGGAAAGAUGGAGUGCCUUUACCUACUCAUUAUUACAUUAUCAUAAUAUCAUGUAAACAUGAAGAUAUUCUCAGCUGUAUCACAGCUGACCUUGAGAUUUUGUCAUUUAUUUUACCACACUUACCUGCUGUACCUAACUGCAUGCCUGAUGAGGAUUAUUUGAUGGAGAAUGUUGCCAGAAUUAGAGAUAUAGAGUUAUUAACAGGGAUCCAGUUUCUGACAGGGUUACCAGAUGAUACAGCUGCCAGUCUUAGGACAUUUCUACCUACAUCAUUGUGGAAGCCAUCUAAGAUGUCCCUUCAUUGGAAAGAUGUACCAUGUAGUGCUCCAAGUAAAACAAAAUGUCAAGGGAAAAUUCCACUUCUAUUGAUAUCAUUAGAUGGGUUUAGAGCUGACUAUGUUCAGAGAAAGUUAACACCAGUCAUAGAGAAACUGAGGACCUGUGGUGUACACACACCUUAUAUGAGAUCUGUAUAUCCUACCGUAACAUUCCCAAACCACUACACAAUAGCUACAGGUUUGUAUCCAGAGUCCCAUGGUAUUAUAUCUAACAACAUGUAUGAUGCAGAUAUUGGUGAAGUCUUCUCACUCUCAAGUCAUACAAAAAUGGACCCAAGAUGGUGGGGAGGAGAACCAAUUUGGAAUACAGCCAAGAAGCAAGGGAGGAAAGCUUAUACCUUCUUUUGGCCAGGAUCAGAUGUUAACAUAUCAGGAAGUUAUCCAGACGUGUGGGUAGGAUAUGAUGGUAAAAUAGGAUUCCCAGAGAGACUUGAGAAAGUAAUGGAAUGGCUACUACUACCUGAUGAUAAGAAACCAGACAUAAUCACAUUAUACUUUGAUGAACCAGAUCAUGCAGGGCACCAGAAAGGACCGGACAGUGAUUUGCUUAAUGGUCAGUUAGAGACAGCUGAUGAGAUGUUAGGAAGGUUGAUGAACACUUUAUAUCAGGAAGGACAGCAGGAUUGUGUCAAUCUGAUUGUUAUAGCCGAUCAUGGUAUGCAGCAUGUGUCUUGUAGUAACAUGGUCAAGCUUCCGCAGUAUAUGCCUGAUGACAUCAAAAACGUACUUGUAUUUGAUGGAACUUUUGGAAGAAUUGAAAAUGAUUAUGCCAGGAUAUCAAAGUAUAAAGUCAAAACAGAAAAUUUCACUCAAGUACCUGUAUCUAAGAUUACAGAUGAGUUAAUGUGCAAAAACCCAGCUAUGAAAGUUUUUACCAAAGAAACAGCACCGAAACGCUUCCAUUACCUUAACAACAAACGAAUUGGUGAUGUAUUAUUAGAUAUGCAGGACCAGUGGCUUGUUACAGAUACUAAUUCUUUUUGGUGCACUGGUGGAAACCAUGGAUGGGAUAAUCUGUAUAAAUCUAUGCAUGCUUUGUUUUUGGCACAUGGACCAGCAUUUAAACAACAACUAGAAAUAAAACCUUUUGAAAAUAUAGAAUUAUAUAAUCUUAUGUGUGAGAUAUCUGGCAUCAACCCAGCACCAAACAAUGGAACAGUAGGAGCAUUAAACCAUAUUUUGAAUCGUCCUAAUAUUAUACCACAAGUACCAGCCAAUCAAAUUAAGAGUAACGUGACUAAACCUAUUCCUCUCUGUGGUUGUGAUUCAAAGAAUUUAAAUAUACCAGUUACAUUGCCUGAUUCUGCCAGACUUUUACCUUUUGGAGUACCUGUAUUGUCUCAUGGCCCACUGUAUACAAAACUGUAUAAAGAUUUAGCAUCAGGUUACAAUGACAACAGAACUUUCUGGACAACAGCUACCCUACCACAGACACAGGGAGAUGUUAAUUCAACAGAAGUAUGUUAUGUAAAUGACCUGAGCAAUGGAGGACUAACCUGUGAUGAUUAUGUUAACAAAGAUAGAAACAUUUCAUUACAAACUUUGUAUCCCAGACCAGUUGCAGGUGCCAAUUUUCUCAGUUUUACUGUUCCAAUGUUUGAUGGGUUUAAACAUGGUAUAUGGGAGUACGUAUGGCAGUUGUCUAGAGAUUACAGUGUAAGAUAUGGUGACAUGAGUGUUACAACAGGACCUAUAUAUGAUUAUAAUGGGGAUGGAUUAGUAGAUCUACUGUUUGACGGUCAAAGCACGGUAAACAGCAACAGUACAGUAAUUUUACCAACUCAUUUCUAUAUGAUAUUAAUGAAAUGCAAGAACAAGACUCUAAAUCUCCCGUGUAAUGGUGACAUUGAUGUACAGUCAUAUAUAUUACCACAUGUACAGAGUGUUCCCAAUUGUUUGUAUAAUUUGGAGUAUUUAAAAGACAAUGUAGCCAGGAUAAGAGACAUUGAAUUAUUAACAGGGAUCCAGUUUCUGACUGAAAACAUUGACCAAUCAUUAGCUUCUCAAUUUAGAACAUAUUUACCUGUAAAUCUAUGGCCAGCAGAAUUGACAGAAACCUGGUUAGAUAAACCAUGUCCUUCUCAACACGAAACAUGCAACUCAGAUUACAAGCCUCUGAUUUUAUUAUCAUUAGAUGGAUUUAGAGCUGAUUAUUUACUGAGAAACUUUACUCCUUACAUCAGAAAACUGAGUCAGUGUGGAGUACAUGCUCCUUAUAUGAGAUCUGUAUACCCAACAAAGACAUUCCCAAAUCAUUAUUCUAUUGUUACGGGUCUGUAUCCUGAAUCCCAUGGUGUGAUAGACAAUAACAUGUAUGAUGAAUCUAUUGGUGCUUUUUUUGGUAUGAGUAAAGCUAAUGCUAGCGAUCCAAGAUGGUGGAAAGGGGAACCAAUAUGGAAUACAGCAAAGAAGAAUAGUAAAAGAUCAGCCACAUAUUUCUGGCCUGGAUCUGAUGUACAAAUUCAAGGAAUGCACCCUGAUAUUUGGAAGAAAUAUGAUGGAAAAAUUCCCUUUGACUCUCGAGUUGAUGAGUUACUACAAUGGGUAGAAUUACCAGCAGGAGAGAGACCAGAUUUUAUCACAUUGUAUUUUGAUGAACCAGAUCACACUGGACAUUCUGUUGGGCCUGAUGAUAUUCCAAAGAUUGGUCAGGCACUGGAUAAAGUAGACGAAGCUGUAGGCAGAUUGAUGGAAGGUUUAUACCGCCGUAACUUACACAAUUGUGCUAAUAUUAUUAUAGUAGCUGACCAUGGAAUGUCCGAUACAUCAUGUAACAGACUGAUAACAGCCAGGGAUUAUUUAACAGAGUAUAAUAACAUGUAUAUCUAUGAAGGAGCAUUCAGUAGAAUCAAUCCUAAAAUCAAAUAUGGGAGAACCCAUCCUAAAUCUGUACCACAUCCAGUGCCUGUUGCUAAUAUUAUUGCCAAUAUGAGUUGUAAAACACCACAUAUAAAAGUAUAUAACAAACAAUUGUUACCAAAGCGACAUCACUAUGCCAACAGCCCAAGGAUAGCAGACAUUAUAGUUGAUGUGGAAGAUAAAUGGUUGUUUACUUAUAGAGCACUUAAAGGUUAUAAUAAGAAAUUCUGUGUUGGUGGUAACCAUGGUUAUGAUAAUAUGUAUAAAUCUAUGAAUGCUUUAUUUUUGGCACAUGGGCCGUCUUUUAAACAGAAUCUAACAGUAGAACCAUUCGAGAAUAUUGAGAUAUACAAUUUGAUGUCAGCCAUAUUGAAUAUUACUGCUGCACCAAACAAUGGAACCAAAGGAUCUUUGAAUCAGCUUCUGAGAAAACCACCUGUUACAAUGACUAGUCCACCUUCCAGCGUAUACAACAAAACUAUCACCGAUACAAUAGAUACUACAGUGUCACCAGAAUGUUUAAAGAGAUGUCCAGCAUUUACAAAUAUAAAUAAGUCAACCAAGAACAGGAACAACACAGAAACAAGACACACACCUUUAGGUAUCCCUGUGUUACAGACAUAUCCUAGGUUAUCUGUAGAUUUGUUAUAUCAGCCUUCCCAUGUCACUGGAUUUGAUAGAAACCUUAAAAGUCCUGCUUGGAUAUCAUACACUAUUGGUCAAAAUUCGACAUCCAUCAAGUUAGACCCAGGGUGCUUAUUACCAGACAAAAGAACAGAUACUGUUUCUGACGAUAAAAGUUCAUGUGCAAUAAAUAGUAACUUGCCGAAUAAUUUUACCUGGGCAUCAUUUAUGGUUUCAGAUGACAAAGAAGCCACAGGUUAUAACAGAUUAUCAUCAGUAUUUUUACCUGUCUAUAAAGGAUUUUAUAUGGGAAUCUGGAGUAAACUUAAAGAAAAGAUUCAUCAGUGGUCUGCAAAAUACAGAGAAGUAAACAUAAUAGCUGGUCCUGCAUAUGAUUAUGAUUAUGAUGGACGAGCUGACACAACAGAUAUUUUACACAAAUAUAUUAAAAAAUUCCAUGGUAACACUACAGACAUUGCCAUACCUAGUCAUCUUUUCCUUAUAGUGACCAGAUGUGAUACGCCAGGGUCUGAUUUAGCAUUGUGUUCAAGCCUCAAGACCAUAUCAUUUAUUUUACCUAACAUACAACAUGAAAAUAAUUGUCAGAGUACAGAGGAUUAUUUGACAGAUAAUGAGGCCAGAUUAAGGGAUAUAGAAUUAUUGACUGGUUUACAAUUUUAUGUUGAUUAUAAAAACAAUAUACAAUUAAGAACAUUUUUACCUCAUGGUUUAUGGAGCAUUUAAAAACGUAUCUGUGAUCUUUUUAAUAUCCAAGAUUUAAUAUUUAUAAUCAGAAUUUAUAAGAUAAAGAUAUAGCUUUAAUGUUUGAUAGAGACAUGACAUUUUUGUGCCAAGGAAUAUUCAAUCACCCUCUUAUCUUUUUGGUGUCACCAAAACUAAUAACAUUUUUGUAUGUCUGAAUGAUCAGAGUGUAGUUAUGAAGUCAUUGUUAUUAUGUGUGAGAGAUUAUACUAAACAAGAUUUGUAUUUAUCAAAUAAACCAAAUGCUUUAAUGAAAUUAUGAUUUUAUAAUUAAAACUUUAAACUUAAAAAAAGUCCAUGUCUGUUGACAGUUUUGAACAUUUCUGAUAGUGCUCCUUUUACAUACUUGUCACACAGAUAUCUUUAUUAGAUAUGAAUUGUAUUUGAUUGGAUUUGUUAAGUAAUUUUUUUUUUUUGUGAAAUAUCCCUCCGUCCAAAAUGUUGUCUCGUCAGCCAAGUAGCUUUAACAAGGAAGGAUGAUAGUGGUAGAAUGAAAUGUUAAAUAAGCAGGCUCCAAGUUGACUUAUAUACUUGUAGCAUGAACUUAAGUUCAUAUGGCUAAUUUUUCAACCAAAUCAUACUCAGGGAUUUUAGCUUAUGUCCAAAAUAAUGUCUUUCAAUAGCAAAAUAUCUUGAC